CGGAAUGGAUCCAAGUAAGAGUAGAAGACAUGAUACCAAGAAUGACAGAGAUUGGGACAAACUUGGAGGAAGCCCAGAAUCUCAAAACACAACAUGACGAAGUCAUUAAAAAUCUUGUGGCCAAACAAGACCAGAUUGGUAGUCUCCUAACCCAGGCUGACAACCAAGUCUCCACACAACAGUUCUAUGGAGAUGUUUAUGCAGCUAUGGCCAAGAGCCUUGGACAAGCCUGGAAGGACCUUACCAGACAGAUGGAAACAAGACAGAAGCUGCUAGAUCAGGCUGUAGAUUUCUACCGGGGUGCCAAACAGUACAAUGAUAAUCUUGCUGAUGGGAUCAGAGAAUGCCGGACCAUGUCACUACCAUCAGAUCCCAGAGAUGUAGAGAGACAGCAACAGAGAACAAGACAGAUCAAGAAAGACAUGUUAGAAGGCUCUAUGCAGGUCAUGACGAAAGGUCGUGACCUUUUAGACCGCCUCCAUGACCUUGGAAGUAAAGCCGGUGAUGACUCGCGCCAUGCCACCAUGGUCUCUUGCCAAGGUGUGGAGAAAGCUAUGGAAGAUAUCCAGGACAAGAGACGUCUCCUUGAUGACCUUUGGCUGGAGAGGUCAAGAAAACUGGAUCAGUACCAGCAUCUCCGUGACAUUGACACUGAGGUCACCAAGAUAUCUAACUGGUUUAGGACCCAGGGUGAAAUGUACCUACAGAAGAGAAAUAUAGGCCGGAGUGAGAAUGAAUGCUCUGAUCUCCUCAAGCAUCACCAUGCAUUUGAAGUGGCUGCUGGGGAUGUUCAAAACAGCGUAGCAAACCUCCUUGCUACGUCGGAGCAGGUGAGACAUUCGGACCCUGAGAGCACAGAGAGACUACGUAGCCAGACCAGAGCCAUAGACACGUUAUGUGAUGAUUUUAUGCAUCGGUUGGGUGAAAGACGCAACACACUGCAACGUGCCCAUGACUUCUAUCGCAAUGCAGAGCUGGCCAAGACCUAUCUGAGUAGACUUGGAGUCCAGCUAUCCCAGGAAAGACUCCCCAAGGACGAAUGGUCCAGGACCAACCGACUAGACAAACUCAACAAUGCCAUCUCAGAGAUCUCGACUCCAGUCCUUGGUGAAGGCCGUGCCCUUCUCAAUCAGGUCGGUCUGAGCACACCGGGAGCUGAAACAGUCAAGGAAAAUAUGGCUGAAAUUCAGGCAAAGUGUGUUGACCUGCAAAAUCAGGCCCGACCUGAGCUGAGAGAGCAAGCGGAGAUGCAGGCUACCUUUGAAGAGAAGUACACAGUCUUGAUCAAGUGGCUUGUGAAUGUUGGAGACGCCUUCCUGAUGGCUAACAAUGACAUGGGAGACCAGAUGCAAACCACCAUGGACUUCCUUGAUGGACAUGAGAAACUACUCACAGAAGUUAGGGAGAAAUCAACUCAAGUGGACAAUGUGAUGGCCAUUGCCACCAAACUUGGUUCCAAGAACAGGUUUACUCCAGAGCAAACUAACAAGCUAAAGCAACACUGGACAAGGGUAACCGUCACGGUGGAGAACAGAAUCAGAGCUGCUCACAUCUUCAUCAAAUUUCACAAAGUAACCAAACAGCUUGGCAAUGCUAUGGAGAACAUGGAGACGAUGUUAAAGUCUGAAGAGAUGAGGGAUGUGAAGCGGAUGAAUAAGACUACAAUGCAACACAUCCAUGAGAAAUGGAAUCAGAUGGUGGAGAUCAACAUCCAACUAGACAACACUGGUCAUACCUUCAAGAAUGAACUUCAUAAACUUGUCAAUGAUACAGAGCUGGUUACCAAGACUUCUGUCCAUUAUGUGGAGUUGACCAUCAAGUCCUUUGGAGAGAGGAAGAUCUACCUGGAUGACCUCUACGAUUCUCUCCAUCAGAAGUACUCUGCAGAGGAGACAUUCAAAUCUCAGUGGGAACACUUUGUCAGGGAUGCAAGAAAGACAAUUGAGUUUGUAAUCAACAUGGAAGGUAAUGUGUUCCCACGAUUGACUUCUGAUGCUCAAUCCUUGGCUGAUGUCAAACAGAAGAAGAUAGAUUCAUUCCAGGAGACUGUAACGAGAGUAACAACCGAGAUCCAGAUGAGAUUGAAGACUGCUGAGAUGCUUGGAGCUAAGGGAGAUACAGGAGGAGAGAAGGAACAGGUCGUUGAGAGGCUAACAUCAGCUCAUCAUCGCUUCAUGAACAGGGUUGGGGAAUACCAGAUAGUCCUGACAUUGAGCAUUGACUUCUACAAAAAAGUCAAUAAGGUCAACAAGACCAUGGAUGAAGCGAUUGCCUCAUACCAAAUUCAACCAGCACCCUCACAUACUUCAGAAGCUCAGAUCAAACUACAGCAGCAUGAGGAAGAGAAACGCUACAUCACAGAACUCUACACCACAGCUGCCAAGAAGGGAGAUGAAGUCAUUGCAAAGAUUAGGCAGUCGGAUCCUGUCUCUCCAGCCAGGAGAGAUGUUGAGGUGACCCUCCAAGCCAUGGAGGAGCGAAAGGAGCACUGGUUGAAUGAAUGGAGCCGUUACAGGCAACGUCUCACCAAGGCCAGCGAAGACACCAGCCUCAAGCUUCUCAAAUCAGAGUUCAUCAUACAUCUUCAACGUGCUGAGGAUGAACUGGAUGGUAUGAGGAAGAGCAAAGAAUCCGUCUCUCUCACUAUUGAGAAGUUCACGGAUUGGGAAGCCCAAAUCAAGGUAUUGGAGGAUCAAUACCAGCAUUACUUGAGCACUGCUCACAUUGCUCUGAAGGGCAAACCAGCAGACAAACCUGGUAUUCAAAAAGACAUCCAGGAUGUCCAGACCUACUGGAGUAGCUUCAUGAAGAAUGUGGAUGAUUACAGGAAGAAGAUGGAGUUAGUUGUCAAUCUACGCAAACAGUACACAACUCUGGUAAGCAAUCUAAAACUUGCCGAUCGACAGCUCCAGGACCUACAGCAGCCCCAGGUCUCGGAGACACUGACCAUAGAGAAGUUCCAGGACUGGCAGGUCCACAUCAAGGGUCUGGAGAAGGAGUACACCAACUACGUGAGCAGGGCCAACAUAGUACUGGACCAGAAACCGCCUGCUUCCACCCUGAUUGAGAGAGAACUGAAUGAGGUCAAGAACUUCUGGGUGGGAUUCAACAAGUCUGUCCAGGACUACCGGGACAAGAUGCAGCUGGUUGCAAACAUCAGGAUGCAGUACAAGACUUUAAUAAUGAACAUGGAACAAGCAGAGGAUGAUCUGAAGGACCUUGAGAGUACACCUCACUCAUCAUCUCUUAUCAUUGAGAAACAUGAAGACUGGGAAGCUCAUAUCAAGGUCUUGGAAGAUGAGUAUGAGAAAUAUGUGAGCUCCGCCCACAUUGCUCUUGACAGGAGGCCGCCCUCUGCUGGUGUGAUUGAGAAAGACCUUGCUGAGGCUGAGCGCUACUGGUCUAAGCUGAAUAGACAGAUUCAUGACUACAGACACAAAGUGGAGGUCAUCUUCAACAUCCACAAAAGAUUCAAGACAUUGGCUGUUCGCAUCCAGAAAGCUACCAAGCAUGUUGAAGAGCUCAAGACUGAUUUUGGACAGAAGGCAGAGGAUCUACCUGAAAUCCAAAAGAGGUUUGCCACAUUCGAGCAAGAUGUAAAGCCCCUUGAGGUAGAACACAAGGACUUUGUAACCGUAGCAACCACUGCUCUUGCCAAGAACCCUCCUAAUGCUUCAGCCAUCAAGAGAGAUGUUGAUGACAUCAAUCGCUUCUGGAGUAAGCUCAACGUGUCUCUCCAAGACCAGCGUAAAAAGCUCAAGACUGCUCCAAAGUUCCAUGAUCUCUACAAAACUGUUGUUGAGUGGCAAGUGAAGGCUGAGGAUCUCCUGGUAGCUGUUGGUCAGAAGAAACCUCUCUUCACUGCACAGGAACAGGCUGCAGAAGUACUAGGAGAGGUUGAGGAUUUCAUUGAGAAAGGAGAUGCAAGACAGAAAGCCAGGCUCUUCAAACUGAAUGAAAUGGCCAUCGAUCUAUACAGUCACAAGGUACCACCUCGCGUCACCUCAACCAUCAAUACCAAUCGUGAGCUCCUUGAUGCCAUCCAGGUCACCAACGAUGAACUCUUUGCCCUUGCCAACAACCUGCCCAAACAAACUCCAGUUCAAGCCAAAGCAGAUGAGACAGUUGUACCUCAAGUCCAACGUACGGUCCAAACAGUACCGCUGGUCAAAUCCCAGAAACCUGUACCAGCUCCACCAGGAUUGGUCGACGAGUCCGUGCUACCGGUGUCCCAAAAGCCAGUGGAGACAAAGCCCUGGCAGCCCCCUCCACCUCCUAAAGCGGUGCAGGAGAGUGUGGUCCCGCAAUACCAGAAGCCAGCUCAGAUGAAGCAGUGGAAGGCACCACGUCCUGUGCGUCAGGUAGCAGAAAUAAUCCUUCCAGACGAACAGACAAGCGAUGCAGAAAUACCUCUGGAUAGACUCCCGGAGACAAGUACCAAAACUGUUCAGCUCGUCCAACCAGAAUCGCCGAUCACUCAAACCAGAAAGGAGCCAGUAGAAGCGUUCCCAACUUUCCCAGCGCCAGAACCAGAACCCCCUAAGCCUGUUGGUUAUGCUCCUUACUUCACCAGGAAGAUAAGGGACAAUCUUGUCAAGCAAGGCAGGGCAACACAAUUGGACUGUGUCGUGAAGGGAGACCCUGCACCCGAGGUUGAAUGGUACAAGGACGGUGUUCCCGUCCGUACGUCCAAUAACCUUCGAGUGGAGUGCGGUGACGAAGGACUCUGUGCCCUGAGCUUUUACAACACCCAGCCAGAAGCUGAUGGAGUGUACACCAUCAAGGCUUUCAAUGUAAUCGGUGAAGCAGCAUGCAAAGCUAAGCUGAAUGUCCAAGCUGUACAGGAGGAGUUUGUAUUGCCCAAGCAAGUACCAAAGGUAUCCACUGGACACAUCCAGUUGACCCACAAUGCCCUCAUGCCAAAGUUCAUUCAGAUCCCAGGAGAUAAGAAUGUAGAAGAAGGCAAACCACUCUGCCUUGAGGUGGUGGUGGAUGCCUAUCCAGAUCCCAAUGUGGUUUGGUCUAAGGAUGGCAUCAAAGUGAAAGGAGAACCUUACAUCCUGAAGGAAGAUGGUAAGACACACACCCUGAUCAUCCCAGAGGCUGAUCUAGAAGAUGAAGGUAUCUUCAUCUGUACUGCUACCAACCCUGCUGGUAGGGCAGAGUGUAUCAUCCAGGUCAAAGUCAAUGAAGCUGAGGAACCGCCCGUGUUCAUCACCCCAUUGAUGAAUGCUCAAGCUAAGAAGGGAGCUCCGUUUGCAUUUGAAUGUGUGUUGAAAGGGGAUCCUGUGCCUGUGGUGGAAUGGCUUAAGAACAACAAGCCAGUCAAUGCUGACAACCCAGACUACAAUCUGAAGCGCAACACAGAGACUGGUACCUGUAGACUUGAGAUCGAUGAGGUCUUCCCCGAGGAUGCUGCCAGGUACACCUGUCGUGCAACCAAUGAGGCUGGGAAGGCUGAAACCACCAGUAUGCUCUCCGUCAUGGGCCUAGAUGAAGGUGAUUUAAGAGCGCCAGCCAUCUUAUCCCAUCCCGAAGACGUAACAUUACAAGAGGGCGAUCCUAUCCGAAUCACGUGCCAAAUCAGCGGUGAAUUGCCCAUCUCCGUCAAGUGGUUCAAAAACGACGAAGCACUUGAUGAAGCUGGUGAAUUUCUGAUGUCGUUUGAUGAUCGGGAAGGUCUUGCAGUGCUGCAAGUGAAUGAGUCUUUCGCAGAAGACGAAGGGGUGUAUACCUGUCAGACGACUAAUGCUUGGGGGCGCACUGCAUCAAGUGCUAACUUAACUGUUGUAACUGGCGAGGAUGAAGUAGAUGCUACUGAUGAUGGUUCUAAAUGCCAAGCCGCUUGCAUCCUCUCCAAUUUACAAAAUGUGACGGUCAAAGAGGGCGCCCCAUUUAAGCUAGCAUGUGUGGUUGAUGGUGUUGCCCCAGUCACCGCACAUUGGUUCAAGGGUGGCGAGCCUCUAGAGGACGGCUAUGAAUACGUCAUGAAAUUCCAAAGUAACAUGGCCACGUUGCAGGUCAAUGAGUCGUUUCCCGAAGAUUCUGGCAUGUACACUUGCCGUGUGACGAACGCCGUCGGAUCUGACGAAUCCUCGGCUAAAGUAACUGUUCUUGAGGAUGCAUCUCCUACUCCACCCUGGAUCCAACCCUUGAAGCUGGAGUCCAGCUACCUGGAGAUACCGGUUGGUCAACCUAUCAAACUGGCCUUCAAGGUGUCCGGUAACCCAGAGCCUACUGUCACCUGGCAUCAUAAUGACCGUCCACUCAGACCAGAUGGAAGAAUCAAGGUCGUGAAGGAGGAUACAACGUACACGAUGCAGAUCGGUCAAGCAGAACCUGAAGAUACCGGCAAAUACACCAUCAGAGCUGAAAAUGAGAAAGGACAGGAGUCUUCCAGUGUUGAGAUUAAUGUCCCACGCCCACCUGUCGUCAUACCCAUCCACCAAGAGGAGGUCCAGAGUGCCCCUGCUCCUGCAGCCAAGACCCCACCUGGUACUGCUCCAAGGUUCAAGACCAGGCUCAAGGAUUUAGUGAUCCCUGAUGGUCAACCAUUUGAGCUAACCUGCAAGGUUGCUGGCGUGCCUGUACCUAAUAUCGUCUGGUAUAAAGAUAACAAGGAGCUGACAGAGAAUGAGCCCCAGUAUGAGCUUAGCUUCAUGGAGAGCGUUGCUUGUCUUGACGUCAGGGAAGCCUUCCUGGAGGAUGCAGGUCUCUACACCUGUCAAGCUACCAACAAUCAUGGCCGAGACGUUACCUCAGGGAGAGUUGAAGUCAAAUCUUUGCCUCAAGCUCCACCAGUCAUCAAACCCAUCUCACAUGAGUCAAGCCAUCUUGAUAUACCAGUAGGCCAACCCAUUGUGCUCAAGUUUAACAUCGAGGCCUUCCCAUCACCGGUCGUUCGCUGGUAUCAUGAUGGUGUGCCUGUAAAGGAAACUCCAGAAAUGGAGAUCAUCAAUGAAGAGACAGAUUACAAACUGGUCAUUAAGGAAGCCAAACCAGAGUAUGCUGGUACCUAUACAGUGGUAGCAGAGAAUGAUAAGGGUCAGGAGUCGACAUCCAUUGAGAUAGAUGUUGUCCCACCAGUAACACAGAUGGAAGUAGUCCCAUCACAGGCAGAGCCCAUGUUUGCACCCCUCCAGUCUCGCUUCUUCACCCAACCCGACGCCAUGCCCCUCAUGGGUGCAGCCACCCCUCCUCGCUUCCAGAGCCGCCUCAAAGACAUCGAGGUGACCGAAGGCGAGCCCAUCGAGAUCGCCAUCCGCGUCACUGGCCAGCCUACUCCUCGCAUUACGUGGUACAAGGAUGAUAAGCCCAUCGCUGGGAAGCCUCAGUAUGAGAUGAGCUUUGUAGAGAGUGUUGCUAGGUUGGAUGUGAGGGAAGCCUUUCUGGAGGAUGAAGGUCGGUAUGUCUGCAAGGCAACCAACCCUGCAGGACAGGAUACCACUACUUGCCAGAUCACUGUUAAAGUGAAUGCUGCCCUCGUGCCAGCACCACACAUCACCCCUCUCCAGACUCAGUACAGCCAUCUUGAUAUCCCAGUGGGUCAACCAAUCAGACUUCACUUCAGGAUCAGGGGACAGCCACCUCCCAAGGUCACAUGGCUCCAGAAUGAUGUAGAGAUUGUAGAGACAGAAGAAGUGGAGAUCAUCAAGGAAGAGACAGUUCACACCUUGGUAAUCAAGAACCCAAGACCAGAUGCAGGAGGUAAAUACACAGUGGUAGCAGAGAAUGACAGAGGCACAGAGACUGUCAACAUUGUCAUCAAUGUCUCCGGAGUAACGGUUCCUAUGCCUACAGGUCCAGGACCAGUUGUUGUUAGACCAUCCCAGCCGAUCGUCUUUACUGAGCAUCUAACAGACAAGCAGGUUGUUGAGAGCACCGAGAUCAAACUCAGAGUGAGGAUUGAGGAGAAACCCACAGCUCAGGUACAGUGGUUCUUCAACAACACACCAAUCCAGUCUUCAGAUCGGGUAGAGUUCUUGAGGGAUGGUGAUGUGUACUACCUUGUCAUCAAGAAGCCAACAUCAGGCGAUGCAGGACUGUACCAGUGUAGGGCAGAGACCGAGGUCAGCGUGGUCACUACAGAAUGCACCAUCAUGGUCAAUGAGAAACAAUCCCCUGAUUUCAUUGCUCCUCUAGAGAGUUUGGUUGCUUCCGAGGGCAGUACCAUCAGGUUGGAAUGUAGAGUGUCCGGAUCACCUGCCCCCACUGUGAAGUGGACAAAGGACGAGCGCUCUAUCACAGAGACGUCUCGGGUCCGUUUCCUCACAGAGGGCGACAGACAGAUCCUAAUGAUCCUCCAGGUUCGGCCCAGUGAUUCUGGAAACUACCGUAUCACUCUGACCAACGAGUUUGGAGUAUCUGUUUCAUCUUCUACUCUUCUUGUCGACGACGCAAGAACUUCCCAUGCCGUCCUGUUCAUACGGAAAGGAGAGAAAGACGUUGAUGACCGACCAACUAUUGUCAUUCGACUGAAUGACCAAGAGGUGCAGCCUGGUGACAGAGUACAGUUCAGGGUUAAAAUCCAAGGCACCCCACAGCCGGCUGUACAAUGGUUCAAGAACAGCAUUGAGAUUCAGACUCAUCCAUACAUUGAGAUCAGCCAAACUGGGGAACACAACAUGCUAACCAUCCCGAAGGUUGGGCCGCAGGAUGCGGGUACCUACAGUGUAGUAGCAACAAACGACAAUGGAAGAGAUGUAUCUGCUGCAACUCUUGUUGUCGAUGUGCCCAAAACUCCAACAGCUGCACCUCACUUUGCUCAGACAUUUGGCAACCGCCGUUGCUACGAAGGUGAAUCUCUGACCUUUGAGUGCCGCAUCACGGGCGACCCAAAGCCCUCCGUCUCCUGGUUCAAGGAUGGGGUCAAAGUUGAACAGGGCGUCUUUCAAAUCUCCGAAGAUGGUCAGUUCCAUAAACUGGAAAUCUUGGAGGUAUUUGAUGAAGAUGCCGGUGUUUUCGAGUGCCGCGCCAAGAACGAUUACGGGGAAGCUAUCUGCGUCGCCACGUUGCGUAUCAAAGGUGAGUUGUCACCAAAGUGGAAAAGUCGGUAGCCACUUUAAGUUGUAAAGGGGAUGAUUGUCUUACCAGAUCUGACCUCGAAAUGAAUGUUAUUUACCUCCUGUGCUGUAUGUCGACAUGAAUUGUGCCUUGCAAACAAAAGUUUUCAUGUGACUAGAAUAUUGUGUUUUCUUACUGCUCUCUAUUUAUGUUGGGGGUUAAUGGCUGUGAACAUCAUGAUAUACAUGUAGUUCUUUGCUCUGGAAGUAUUCGUCAUUUGGUUUAUUCCCAUACAAAAAAUACAAAUUUUGAAUGAAAAUCUCAAAAUAGACAUUGGCGCAAUGCAAGACACAAAGAAAGAGGAAGAUGAGGCAUGUCAGGGGAGUUUUCAUGAAGUUGUUCAUAAGUUGCACAUGACUCAACAGACAUUUGAAUUCACAGUGUAUAAUUUGGAAAAUUUUAUGAGCAUGAGAGGAAUUUAAUCCCACUUUGUUAAAAACAAAAAAUAUUCCAGACAUGUGUUCAGUCGUGUGUAACUUGAAAAUAGCUUUACAGAAUUAUGUUUUGCUUUAUCAUGCAUUUUAGUUGGUGGAGGUGUAUCUAAUCAUUGCUAUUCUUAUAAUUAAGUAUGUGGUUUUUAUGAAUUUCUAAAUAGUAUAGGAGGGGGAAUCAUUUUGUAGUACUAAUCUCAGACAAAUUUUAGAGGGGGCAUCGAUCAAUGCACCUGUCUAUCUAUCUGCAUAAAGAACUACAGCAGUUAUUAUGCACUUAAUAGCAUCGUCUAUUACAAUUAUUGGCUUAAGGAUGAUAACUUGAGAAUUAUUGGACAGAUUUUCAUAAUUUUCAGGUGUGUAGGUGCACAAUGGUCAAGUUUGUAUUCUAAGUGGGUGUUGCAAAAAAAUAUUUGCAAUCAAUCGCAAAUAUUCUGUUGCAAUUUUACAAUUGAUUGCCACUUCUGGCUAUAGCAAAGCAGAUUACACUCCUUGUUUCAUGGAGCAGAUUAGCAGUCAAUCGCAAAUUUACAAUUAAUUGCAUGGUAUAUGCUUAAUUUUGGGAACGAAAAUAGACUUGCAAUUGAUCGCAAGUUUAUACACACUACAAGACUGCAUUGCAAAUGAGAUCAAAUUUUUUUUUUGCAUUAAAGAAGUUAGAUAAGAAGUGCUUACUGAUCAUGUCCGGUGGAGGUAUCUGUGCUUGGAUACACAACAUGUCCUGUUUGUCCGUCAUCUUUUGUAAAUGAGAACUAUUUGUAUAAUUGUAUGUAAAUUCAUAAGGCUUUGUUUGUGGAAAACAGUUUUUCUAGUCAAGUGUUGUUUCUUGAUCUUAUUAAAACAAUGAAUAUGUCAGUAUUUUUAAUUAUUCUUAAAGAAAAAUAUAGAUAUCUAUAUAUCUUGCCAUUAAAUUGUAUUGAUAUAAGGAUGGUAUAAGUGCCUUAUCUUACAAACUUCUUUUGGUAGCUGUAUUUUGCAAUACAUGUUGGAGCAUGUAUUUUGGACUAGGAUGCUCAAGGUUAUAUUACACAUUAUUAUUUAAGUAUACCCUUCAAAGUUGAAUACUUGUAACAUAUUUUCAUCAGAAACUUUUAAGUAUCAAGUACUCAGUACAUUUAUCAGUUACCAAAAUGUACAUAUAUAAAUAUAUAUUCAAAGAGAUGAUCCGUAUUGUGCAGCCAUUUUCAGUGCUUUGUGCAAUAGAGAAGAAUGAAACAGCUUUCAAAAUUUGUAUCACUAUUUAAAAAAGAAAAUAUACGGAGUAUAUAUAUAUAUAUAUUUCUUAUUGUGAUUGCAAAUUCAGUAGCUGUAGUUUCCUAUGUGUGAAUUGUUAGGCUAUGUACAUUAUGAGCUACAUGCAUAUGGUUUUGGAAGUGUUCUUCGGGUAGGGUGGGGGAGAGUUACCUUCAAGGAAACAGUCUUUGGGGGAAUCACACCGGGAAUUACCUGUGGGAAUUAUUUGGAGGGAAGGGGGGGGGGGGGGUAGAGGUGUAGGGGAGUCACCCAAGAACCAAUGUCCUCUUUCACUUUUCAUGCAUGCCAUAUUGCGUUAGUAUGCGAAAUAGAUGUACAUGUAUAAUACUUUAUAGGUCAUGCUACAAAUUUUCUCAUGAUAUCAGUGAGUUUAUGAGGGAAGGACUGUGCUUUCGUAAACUAGAUUUUAAGUCAUUUUUCACUCAGGAAGUUAGACAGAUGGACUAAAUGUUGCUUAUUUUAGUUAUGAAUUAUCACAAACACAGAAUUUAAAAAGUCAAUAAACUAAUAAUCUGUUCAUAACUGAUGAAUCUAGAUCCCUAAUGUUCUGAUUAGAAAUCUAAUAUUAAAUCUGUUUUGAUAAUUAAUGGAUUUUUUGUAGACCUGUAUGCACCCUUUUCUAUAUUUGACUCAUGGUACAUGCAUCAUUUAUCUUUUUUUUUCAAAGGUGUUCAAUAUUGAUAUUAAUUUGUUUAAUGAUGACAUUUUAUUAAUGUCUAUAUAUUGCAUGUUCCUGUUUGGCAAACUAUAUAUAAAUGUAUACAAACUCAUUUUCCCCAAUAGCUUGCCCAAUCCCACAUAUAUGGAUAUAUAUCAUAAAUGCAAUGUUCUUCCUUGCCCAAACCCUUGAAAAGAUAUUCUGCCCUCAGGCAAGCAUCCCCUUCCCCUUUCCCUGUUCACUAUCCCAUCAUAUAUUUAGAUAAAGUCAUACUUCAAAUCCAUUAGAUAUAAAUCUGUAUAGUACAUUUGUGAGGGCUAGCUUGAAAAGAAGAAAUUUAAAAAAUAGAUAAAAAUAUGAAAAAUAAAUGAAAAAUACAAAAAAUUAGAAAUAAAAAUGUACAGCCUUUCUUCAUUUUGUAAGUUGUUGCACAUUUAGGUUUCACAUUUGCACUUCCCUUUGUGUAUGUUUCAAAAAUACAUAGCUUCCCAUUUAAAACCACUGUACAUUUCAUAGAUUCUUCACAUUUUUUUUAGAAACCUUUUUUUUUAAAUUUCACUGUGUUUACUUUACACUUAUCAGAAUAGUAAAGGUAAAGACGUUUCAAACACUCCUAAGUACUUGAAGAUAAUGAAAUGUUUUUUGGUAUAAUUAUAAGGAUCAAUAUUAGAGAAACCAUGUUUUCAUGAUAUCUGUUAUUUUGAAACAGAUUUUGUAACCCCCAAAAUGUAAAAUACUGUAAUCUGCUGUAUUUUAUGUAAUAUUUCUGAUCCUCAUAAAUUGUUGCACAAAUUCAGAAAUGUAAACAUUUUCAUUUAUUUUGUGCUUCUAUUUGAUCAUCUGGAUUGUUUCUUUUUGUUUAUAUAGAACAAUAAAUCAUAUGUUUUGUGACAGGAA